AUGGCCACUCCUCACCAUCACUCCUCAUCUCCCGUCAUGACUCUAUCGGAAGAAGAAAUUGCUGACAUUCCCGAACCAACAACAACAACAAGUCAUACCACUCAGUCUUUAUUCAAUCCUUCUCUGGAUCGAUAUCCAUAUUGUAUUGUAUGGACUCCAAUUCCUCUCAUCACAUGGCUACUUCCAUUUAUAGGUCAUAUGGGUAUUGCUACUUCACAAGGUGUUAUUCAUGAUUUUGCAGGUCCAUAUUACAUUAGUGUUGAUGAUUUUGCUUUUGGUAAACCUACUCGAUAUCUUGCUCUUGAAUCAAAUUUAAAUUCAGAACAAUUAUCAAGAUUUGAUUCAGUGAUUAAGAAUGGAGCGAAAUGUUAUCGAUCCAAAAUGUAUAAUUUCUUUUGUCAAAAUUGUCAUCAUUAUACUGUACAUUGUUUAAAUGAUUUGAAAUUUAGAAGAAAUAGAAAUAUUGGUAUUGUUGAAAUAGCCUUUUUAAUGUUUAUUUAUGGAAAGUAUGUGAAUGGACCUGUUGGAUUUCUCAAAACAUGGCUACCCUUUUUCAUUGUGUUUGGAUUGAUAUUAUUCAUCUUUUUAAAAUUGACUCGAUUAUUUUAA